AUGAAUUCAGAAAAGAGGACGUUUGAUGAGAUUAAUCAAGAUCAAGGUAAUAAUGCAACAGGAGGCAGAGGAAAGACAGGACGGACAGUAAGAAAGAAUAGAAAGAGAUAUGUUUAUGAAGGAAAUAAUUCACUUUCAGAUCUUAUCAAAAUCUAUGAUCAAUAUUUUAAAUCAAAAGAUGAUAAAUACGAUUUGAAUUCAGAAACAAAAUUGAAAUGUGUUAGAUUCUUUGUUGAUUAUCACAACGAUGACAAAUUCCCACAUUACUUCGAUGUCAAAGGUUAUGCUAAGUUCAUUGCUGAUGUAUUCUUUGAUCGAUCUGCAGAUGUAUUCAAUGAAAUUCUAAUGUUAAAAAGUGUAAGACAAAACAAUGUAUUAAAAGAUAUUUAUUACAGGAUUGUCAAAGAUAAUAGAUUUGCUAUUAAGUUCAACACUUUCUUUAAAGAGUUGAAUGAAUCAGAUGAAACUCAAUUGAAAUCAAAGAUAUCGAGAGUUUGUGAUACAUUCGAAGAAGAGAGGAGUGAACCACUUGACUUUUUCACCUAUAAUAAUCUUUAUGAUAUCGUAUAUAAUGACAAGAGUAUUGAUGAAGAAGAAGAUGAUAAUGUUGAAUCAAUAAGAGAAGAAACAUCAACAACAACAGCAACAACAUUAAUAACAACAAUAACAGAAACAACAACAGAUACAAUAACCACCGACAAUAGUAUUUCCAAAUUAUCAGAUAUAUUACUUUGCAAAAUCAUUUCAAAUUUUGUUGCCUUUGAUAAUGAUAAGGAUGAAAGAACCUCUCGAGACUAUAAAUUCAAAAAUCUGCUAUUCUUUAUACCUUAUCUCAUAGAUGGCGAAAAUGUAAUGAAUUUUGCAUUAAUAUCGAAACAAUUCUUCAGAGUUGUUUCAAAGAUCAUCAACAACAAUCUAUUCUAUUGGAAUUCAUUUAUCGAUAUCAACAACCAAAGUGAUUACAACUUAAUCAAAUCAUCACCACUGUAUUUCGAUUAUGAAUCAAUCAAAUACAUUCCAUAUGAUCAAGGCAUAGAAUAUGCCAAUCAAUUGUUGUCAAGAGUUGAAACAUUCGUAAUGGAAUCAGAUGAAUAUGAUCAUUCGAUCAAUGGUGGAAUUUCUAGAUCGGAAGAUAUAUACAUUGAUUACUACGAACCUGACGACAUUAAGAAAGCUUACCGUGCAGCAAUUAUUAAGGAUGGAUACUUAAUACGUCCACCACCAAUGCCAAACCUCAAAGAGAUCAUUGUUUUAGGGUAUCAUGGAUUCGAAGAAAACUACAGUAAUUUUCUGAAAGAUCUGUUUGUUAGCACACCCAAUAUCGAUGGACAUGGUAUCGAACGAUUCACAAUUGACAUGCGAAAAGAUUGGAAUUGUUGCCCUGACUAUAACAACAUAGACUUCCUAUCAUCACUGUUGAAUUACCAUUCAAAGACACUAAAAUCAAUAUUAAUCAAUAGUGAAUCAUUUGAUAUGGAGGAUCUUGAUUUUUUAAUCGAUUUCCUCGAUGAAUUUAUACCAACAUUAAAAGAGAACAAUAUUGAUUUCAAGUUUACUACAUACGACCCAAUCGAUAGACUUAUUCAACAUAGAGAUAACAAUGCAAGUUGUAAAUAA